UUCCACUGAAAUACAUCGCAACCCAUCAGCACAGCUUGUCAGGUACAUCGGACAUAUGAAGAGAAUCAAGUUUUAAACCACGAGAGGAGCGCUCGUGAGUUAGCCCAUGUUGCUAACAGCUAAGCUAUCAGUCUUUUAUUUUAACUCUUUAGCUCCGUUACGUUACCUCGGCUGUCGCCCAGACUUGUCCGCUUUUUUUCCCGACUCGCUGGCUUCAUUCUUCUUGUUUUUCCCCAUCUUAAAAAAUCUUAAGUUCAGCAAAUAACGCAAUAUAACACAACACACAUGGGCUACUACAUAACACGCUAACCUGUGAGACGCAGACGCGAAGACACCACACUCUGCGUUUUCUUCGUGAUUCUGAAAUAGUUUUUGCUUUAAAGGUUAGUUGUAAAGACCAUAUUUUCAAUGAGUAAUCGUGAAUUGUUUAAAAAAAUCACUAUGCCUUUAUAUUAUUGAUAGUGCUAAGUGCUAACCAUUGUGUUAAAGAAUGAAAGCUCUGCGAAAUCUGCGAAACUUUAAUCAGAGUGAUACAUUUUAAGUUGUAGACGAUCUUUACAGGAACGUGCUUCCUGACUGGCUAAAAAGACGUAAGCUCUAAGUUGCACCGCUAGAGGGCGACAACACCCAAAAUUGAAAACAGAAGUCUCCGUCGUCAACAUUAAAUGGUCGUUUAUUUGACCAUCUGGAUCCUUCAGAAUUCAGAACAGAUGUUUCUAAAUCCCUGCAGAUCUUUUGAAGGAAAAACAAUCAAAACAGGAUAGUAUAUUUUUUUUCUGAAUCAGUGGCUCAGGCUGCUAAACAUGUGUGUGAAAAAGAAGAAAGCUUUACAUUUCUUCAGAAUGUUACAGGUUCACAUGAAGAUUAUUUAUUAUUUACAUUAUUGAUCAGUGACAAUCUGAUCGUUGAUAAUCCAUGUUUCUGGAUUUUAUUAAUUUUUUGUUUGUUUGGUUAAUGCAAAUACUUUUCCAAGCUGAUGGACUGCUUCUUUGUGUUUGAGGAGGAAUGUGAUGGAUGAGUGUUCAGUGAAGCAAAGAUAAUUUACUUUUUAAUUUUUUUUUUUAAUGUAAAUUGAUUGUUUGUACUUAGGAGGUCCUUUUCAUAUACAAAAAAGUGAGAUCUUUUGUUACAUUUAAACUAUGAAAUGUUUUUCCUGAUAACCCGACACUUACAACAAAUCAAACGGCUUGAAAAACUUAUAAAGUCCAGUUUUAAGGAUAUAUGUAUAAAAUUGAUAAUACAGUUGAAAAGUUCAUUAAUACAAUGUAAAUAUUGAAAAGAUGACACAGAACAAGUCUUCACCUCAGUCAUGUGAAAAAUAACCCACAAUGCACUGGUUUCAACACAGAGUCCACAGAGGCUCAUUCAAAAUGUUGUCCAUGAGUGGCAUCCUUUAAUCCCAGCAGAGUGUGUCCAUACAUGUGCCCUGUGUGUGUGUGUGUGUGUGUGUGUGUGUGUGUGUGUGUGUGUGUGUGUGUGUGUGUGUGUGUGUGUGUGUGAAUAAUACAGAUUACUGAGAGAAGCUGUGGUACAGCCGGAGAUGAAUGGACCAGUUCGAGGCACAGAAGCAUGAACUUGGACGUGGCCAAGCCUGAAGCAAAGAGUGGCAGCAAAGCCCCGACCAGAGCGGUCGCCCCCGGCUCGCCACGCAAGGGACCCCCCAAAUUCAAGCAGAGGAACACCCGGCAGUUCAAGAGCAAGCCUCCCAAAAGAGGAGUCAUCGGCUUUGGAGAGGAAAUCCCAGGGAUGGAAGGACUUGGCACCGAUAUAACUGUAAUCUGUCCCUGGGAAGCGUACAGCCAUCUAGAGCUCCACGAACUGGCUCAAUACGGCAUCAUCUGAGUCUCCUCACGUUGGUCUACUGAAGGGAAACUGCUGGAAUUUACACUGCAAGAAUUAAAAUCUGUUAAAAAAAAAAUGGCUUUUUAUACUAAUAGUAAACAUGCAACCUGUCUUUAUGUCUGUAUGUAUUGUAAAUGCUGUUCUCUGAAGAUAUUUUUUACGGGAAAUCUAUUUUCAUAAGACUCUCAAGCUGCCAUUUUCAUGUGUGUGAGCCGUUGAUGCUGAAUGAUUGCCUGGGACUGCGGCGGGAGCUGCGACUGACCGGGUGGUCACUGGCCAGCAGGGGUUUCUGCCGGGGUUGAAAAACGUCGUCCAAAUCAGA